GUUGAACUAAAAUCGUGACUCUGGACAUGGAGAGCACGUCUUAUCACGCAACUUACAUGAUCAAUGCCGUAGUGAUCAUCAAGAUUUGCGUUUGACAUUUCCAGUAAUUUUCUUGCCAUAUAAAGACGGGAAUAGCUAAUUAAUCAUGGGUAAUGAAAGUUCGCUGCCAAUGGAGUUAUGCUCGAACUUUGAUGCCGAUGAACUAAGGAGGCUUGGUAAACGUUUUCGGAAAUUGGAUCUUGACAAUAGCGGUGCAUUGAGCAUAGAUGAAUUUAUGACGCUACCAGAACUGCAACAAAAUCCUUUGGUCCAACGUGUAAUUGAAAUAUUUGAUGCCGAUGGUAAUGGCGAAGUAGAUUUCAAGGAAUUCAUACAAGGCGUCUCGCAGUUUAGCGUCAAGGGUGACAAAGAGAGUAAAUUAAGAUUCGCAUUUCGAAUCUAUGACAUGGACAAUGAUGGGUACAUAAGCAACGGUGAGUUGUUCCAAGUUUUAAAGAUGAUGGUUGGAAAUAAUUUGAAGGAUACACAGCUCCAGCAAAUUGUAGAUAAGACAAUUUUGUUCGCCGACAAAGAUGAAGAUGGAAAAAUCAGCUUCGAGGAGUUUUGUUCGGUUGUUGGUAAUACGGACAUUCACAAGAAGAUGGUUGUCGAUGUCUAAUGAAUCAAAAAUUCAUAUAAAUAAGAAAAAGGAAGAGCAUAUUUAAAGCGUAAGAAAUUUCAUCUUUAUUUGAAGAAAGAAUGAAAAGAAUAAGAUAAAUAAUAAAUUCGUCAUAAAUUAUAUAGGUGAACAGAAGACCAUGCGGGUCCAUCUUGCAACACUGCGCGAUCUUGUAGCUCAUCGACACAGUGUAUAAGAGAAUUAUUUACGAGUCACAUGACUAUAAGAGUCUACUAAUAGAUUAUUUAUCUCUUACCUCUAUUUAAAUUGACAAGCUUUAUUGAGGCAGGAUCUCUUAUUGCUAUGCUCGUUCUGCGCAACUCAUAAGUCGAAUUAACUGAAAAAUUUAUUUGAAUCACGUUAAUAUUAUCGAUCUUAUCUAUUUCUUUUCAACGUUUAUAUAAAUGAAUAAGCUGGAUUUCCACGAAACUCAUCAAACUAUUCACAUAUUGAAUUAAACCCCAUUAUUUUUUGCAUAUGAAAACGUUUUUACUGCGUUUAAAGUGUUGUUUUAUAAAUUAGCUAAGACAAAAUUAGAUUAAUGGGUAGUUAUUGUAGUUUUUGUGUCUGAAUGAAUCUGAAAAAGAGAUAACAAAUAUUUACAAGUUGUCAGUCAACGCUUACAUUGGAUGUCUACCAAUAUCAUAUUGACGAUAAAGGCAUAUUUGACAGCUUCAUUUCUGAAAGUUGUACUAAAUUUGUAUAAGCAUAUGAGUCAAUCCAGAUCGAAUCACACACCUUUUAGACAUUCAUAUUUUGACCUAAAUAUUUUUUUUAUAUAUUCUGUGAAUUUAAAAAUUAACACACACAUUUUUGUGAAAAAAUUUGUGUAUCAUACUUGAAUUUUUGUGGUCAACAAAUUUUUCUUAUGUUCUGAGUACGCACUCUCACUUACAUGAUUAUAUUUCGAAAUGUAAAAGAAUUCAUUAACUCUCUAAAAUAUCAAAUACCACUUCCAAAUUUUUUCAACAAAUCUAAGUGCUUCAUUUUUUAUCCACAGAAUACAUGAGAGAAAAUUCAGCCAGUUGAAAUUUUCAAUGUCAAUUUUACCUCAAUGUGUUCGAUUUAACCUCGAUUAACUCAUGCAAUUUUAUAAUAAUUCGUUCUGGUGUAUAGAAAAGUUCAUAUUAUUUCAGUUGUGUUAUCAGGAAUUAUUCUUAUUGUAAUACUUGCUACAGACGUUAUAUUAAAUCUUUAAGAGUUUUAUUUAUUAAUUAUCUUUUAGUCAAGUGCCAUUCAUCUUAAUAUUAUAAUUGUAUAGCUGGCGUUGGACUUGACAUAAGCCGGCUGAAACAGUAAUCCAAACCACUAUAAAUCUUUAAUUUGUUACCAUUUCUCCCUUGUUAACGUAUGUUACUGCAGGGGUUACGAUUUCUUUAUAUUACAGAAAUUGAUAUGCGUAAAACUAUUUUUAACAAUAUCACAAUACCACUUAAUUCAAAUUACACUUUUCGCUGUUACAUAAAUAAAGAUUAUAAAAACGUUAAAAAAAUCGAAUUUUCGGCUUGCUGAAGACAAGUUAUCAGUGUUAGUUACUUAUAGAAAAUCAAUUUAAGAUUCUCACUAGCCAUUUAAGUGUUCGAAUUCACCGAAUUCUUCUCAGAAAUAAAUAUAACUCUGUUACAUAUUUGAAUUACGUUGAUUAAAUAUCGUUCAUUGUCAAAAAUUCUAACGUUUUUAGAAAGAUAAUUAAUUCACUAUGAAACGUGCAAUAAUACUAUAUCUUAUUGUUUCUUACCCUCAGCACGCACACAAUAUAAAACGAAUAUCGCCUGUUUGGUAUGCAAUGCUACGUAAUAGUUUAUCAAUUUUCUUCUUACCCUCCAUGAGAAAAUAGGUAAAUAUGUAUAGUUCUCGCUAGAAAUCAGAAAUAACGAAUGCCAAAAAUAAGCUAAAUUAACAUCACUUGAAAUUUGUAGGUUGAAAUUAAGCCAAGUCGUACUUAAAUCGUUCAAGAUAUUUUAGCAAGUAAUUGAUGAUUGUCUUUUUUACGAAUAAUGAACUCAGUGCAAGAAAAAAAAAUAAUUAAAAACAUCAAUUGUAGCAAAUUCAUAAUUUCUUCAGCAUCAAAAAUGAUCAUGCCAUUUUUAUAUUGUAAUAUAAAUAAUCUGGCUUAUCUAAAAUUAAGAUGACAUGCCCCUUUCAAUGUCCACCAAUAUUCAAAAAUCUUCGUCAUUCAUUAAUUAAUCAGAAAUUCUAUGCCUAGGAGUAUCUGUUUUUUUGUAAAUGCUAAGCAGUCAUACAAUAUGAUUCUGUUUAAUAAUUACAAGUUUAUCUCUUAUUACCCUCACAGAUAAAAACAACCAUCAACUUUGGUGUAAAUUCGUACUCUCAACGUUUUUCUUAUGGAAAUUUAACAUUAUCUAUGAGUUGCGAGUACAAAUUUACACCCAAGUUGACCAUCUUUUUCAGCACCAUCGUAAAAUUCUAGUCUCUUGAAUACCUAAUAACACUGAAUAUCUCGCUAGGCGUAGAAUCAUCCAAUAUACAUAUAAUUACAUCAUAUUUUAAGUUCUCUCUCUCUCUCUCUUUUUUUUUGAACCCUUUAAGUCCUUGUCUUAUCAAUGAAAUUCACUCUGUCUCUCUCUCUCUCUCUCAUACAAACACACAUACACACGCGCGCGCGCAUAUGUAAUAUAUAUAUACAUAUAUAUGAAGUAAUAUAUUAUAAAGUAAAUGUUAUUCUGGCUAUUUAACUAUUUCCGUAUCAAGUAAUCAUGUCAGAUCAUGUCUAUCGAUAUCUCACUGAAUAAAUUAUAAUUAAUGCAUGUAAAAGAAUCUCUCACAAAUAGUACCAAUCAAGUACUGUAUAUUAGUAUCUGAAGUUUUUAUCUCAUUAUGUCUUCACUAAAACAUUUCUACACUGUGAUUGAAUCAUUAAUUUAACUCCACGUUUUAAUAUAAUGAAAUUGUUCAAAAAUAAAAAUCAAUCUCAUAUUGUACAUCAUAUGUGAGUUUUAUAUUUCAACUAAAUCACUUGCUUCGAUAACUGAAUUAAUUGUUCAGUUACAAUGGGUAAGGUGAUGCAAUUGAUGAAUAAUGCAAUAAAUGAAGAACCGUUACUUCUGAA